CUUUGUUUACGUCCCGUUUAGCUGACAGCUGUUGUAGCGCCUUCCCCACAGCGGCAGGCUCGUGUCGGUGUCCCCGCUCCCGGUCCGGAGCUCCGCUGACUCCCAGGCGAGGGUCCUGCAUGUCGAGGACGGGACGUUUUGCUGAAUGAGGGGGAGCCGUUAGAUGCCGCCAGGAGGAUGAACUCCAUCACCGGUCGGGUUCUCGCCAUCCCCGCCGCCUCUGUCACCAACUCUGGAGCUUCAUCCUCCCGAGCCCUGCACGUAGAUCUCACGUCCCAGCAGAGACGACUGCGUCAUCUUCGGAGCAUUGCUGCCAGGAACAUUGUCCACAAGAAUGGUUCCCCACUUCUGGACACAUACUUCACCCUCCACCUUUGCAUAGGAGAAUGCAUAUCUCGAGGAUUCUACAAGAGUGAAGUAAUUCGAGACUCACUGAAUCCCACCUGGCGCAGCCUGGACUUUGGCAUGCUGCCGGACCUUCUGGACACCGCAGUGUCUUGCUUCGUGGUGAGGAUCUGGGGCGGACAAGAGGAACAGUACCAGCUCCUCAUAGAAUGGAGGGUCAAUCUGGAUGGCCUCAGAUACACUGGGCAGCAGAUUCGAUCCAGGAAUCCAAAUGAGAUCAUAUUCGGAUUGAAUGAUGGCUACUACUCAGCUGACUUUGAUCACAAGGAUCAGUCGGAGCGGAAGAAAAACAGUUUGCUUCAGGUCGACCUGAGUUCAGUCCGGAACUCCUACAGCGUUUUCUCUUUGCUCAGGCUUCACACAGCCCAGAGAGCCAUCAAGCAGACCCAAGUGACGGUGCAGAAGAUUGGGAAGGAGAUCGAGGAGAAGCUGAGGACGACAGAGGCCUGCACAGAGCGGAAAAAAGAGCGGGAGUGCAUGCAGCUGAGAAUAGCUGUGCUGCGCAGCGAGCUGCAGCGGCAGAGGAAGGCACUGGGCAGGGAGAUCGACCUGCGACAGAAGGAGAGGGCACAGCUUCAGAAGAAAGAGGAAGCGUUCGGCGCUCAGCACGAGGGUCUGAAGGAGGAGAAAGAAUCCCUUACUAAGCUGCAGAAAGAAUGCACUGCCAAGAGGGAGCAGUUCCUCAAGUCCAACGCCCAGCUCACCUUCCGCUGUCGGCAGCUCCUCUCUGAGCUUUCCUACAUCUACCCCAUUGAUCUGGCUAAUCAGUCAGAUUAUGUCAUCUGCGGAGUGAAGCUGCCAAACUCUGAAGACUUUCAAGCAAAGGAGGACGGGAGCGUGGCGGUCGCCCUGGGGUACACAGCGCACCUGGUCCUGAUGAUCUCGUGCUUCCUGCAGAUCCCUCUUAGAUAUCCGGUGAUCCACAAGGGUUCACGCUCCUCCAUCAAGGACACCAUCACCGACAGACUCACGGAGAAGGAGAGAGAAUUCCCCUUGUACCCGAGAGGAGAGCGGUUUCAUUUUGAAUAUGGGGUCUACCUACUCAACAAAAACAUUGCCCAGCUGAGAUAUCAACAUGGCUUGACCACCCCGGACCUGCAGCAGACACUACCCAACCUGAAGAACUUCCUGGAACAUGGCCUGCUGGUGCGAUGUGACCGGCACCAUGUCUCUAGCUCCAUCCCGGUGCCGUCUAAGUCCCAGCCUGGUAUGUCUGUCGCCUCAGAGAUAGGCCACACCAGCUCCCCAGACCGAGGCCUGAGGAAAAGGGCAAGCUCGGAGGCAGAUAAGUACAAGCCAACACCUCCACCCAGCUACAACACAGCCAUGGAAGGAGAGCAGCCCCUGGGUGGCCUGGCACCGCCCUCCCCCAAACACCUUUCCUCCUCCCUCGAUGCUGGCAUGGCCUCGCUUAACUUGACCAAGACUACGGAGGCCAUCGAGGAGGGAGAGCAAGGGGAGGAGGAGGAGCAGGGUGGCGAAACAGUGGCAGUGGAGGUGGAGAGACGCAAAAGCAGUGACGGAGAGAUUGAACUACAUAAAGGAGAAGAGACUGAACAACUACCCAGCAGUACAGUGGCGCAGAACUCUUCUCCAGUGCAGGGAAAUGGUGAGGAAAGAGUCGCCGCUGAUCAGCACACAGGCGCCAUGAACGGCUCUUUGGUCCCUGGACAGACCCCCGGCAGCCUGGUCCCAGAGCUGCGCUGCUCUGUGGAGCAAGCUGAGGAAAUCAUGGGCACAGAGGCCACUGGCUUAGGCCUGGGGUUGGGGGGAGGGAUGGGGUUAGGGUUGGUAGACGAGGCCCGCCUGGACGAAUACCGCUGCAUCCCUGUGGACCAUGCAGUAGCUGUGGAGUGUGACGAACAAGUGCUGGGGGAGCUGGAUGAGGCCGGCUUCGAGGAGUUCUCCAGGCGCAUCUAUGCACUAAAUGAGAACAUGUCCAGCUUCCGCAGGCCGCGCAAGAACUCUGAUAAGUGAGGCCGAGGACCUAGGGAGGAGGGUUUGGACAAAUACAAGGACAUGAAAUGAGAAGACAGAGUCUGUGGUCCUCUCUCCCAAAUCGCAGCAUCAAAAAUCAUAGGAGCUUUUCUGGAAAAACGACCAAUUUGCACUUAUUAUAAACAUUUCCAUGGUGAUCUUUUAAAAUGGAAUAGUUAGAAGUGGAAGUGCUGGAACAGUAAGCUUAACUUUUAUUUUUGAUGCCAACAAUAAUAUAUAUUUUAAACACUGGAUACAAAACAAUAAUUUAGGCUUUUUUUUUAUUCACAAUGAUUUGGCCUCAAUGAUAGAAAUCACCCUAAAGGAAUAACUGUCAUUAUAGUCUGUUGUUCACACCAGGGACCACUAAUGUAUGACUCACAUGUUGAUUUCAAACCAUAAUGCUGCAAAAAAAAACUGAAAUUAUUUUGCAAAUCAUCAUCAUCUUCGUCAUCUUGUCAUUUCUAAAUAAAGUCCACAUCCAGGGAACAGAA